CCCAAGAAAUUAAUUUGAAAUAAUGAGAAUCGAUACCAAUAUUAAAAUUAAUUUAAAUGCAGAAGAGAUAAUAAUAUUCCCAGAUUUGAAGAAUUAAGUUAAGAACUGUCAUUUCAGUCGAAUACCUUGUUAUUGAAGAUUAAAAAAUAUGUUUCACUCCUCACAAAGAAAAUGUUUACUGGUUCUACAAAGGACAAACUGUCCAAGGAUUGACUCCGGAAAUCAAAAUUAAUUUAAAACAAAAAUGGGUUCUGUUGACGCUUGCAUUGAACAACCGGAACGAAAAAAUAUAUCUAAUUGUAACUCUAACCUUCCCUGCACUCACUGUCCAGCAGGAAAAGGACCUGGAAAUCCAGGAUGUUUGGAAGAAAUUCAUAAAAAGGUAAAGGAUCUCUAUCCCCGAAACUUCGAAGGCGCAAAGCUAAUAGUGAAAAAGUCCCUAAGCCAGCACUUCAACGUUACGCAUUCAAUAAUCUUCAGCUCAGUAACUCCUUCGGGCUACAGAUUCGGCACAAGAUACAUAGGAACAAAAAGAGUAGGUCACCUCGAAAAAUAUCCCGUCAUCUGUGGAGAAAUCGUGCCAAAUGGAAACCUGACUGCGACCCUAAUGCACACGCUUGGCUGCAGAUACAGAUUAAAAUUAGCUGCCCAAGUCGCCAAUCAAGAGUACAAAGCAAUCAGUUCGACCCUCGAGUAUCGAUCGAACAACUCGACAAUGUCCUUAACUUUGGCCAAUCCAAGUAUCUUAAAACAACAUGGGACCCUUGUCCUUCAUUAUUUACAAGCCAUCACUUCCAGGAUGACUUUGGGAGCCGAAAUGGCAUGUCAGCGAGGCUCUACAAUUCCAGGACACCAACAGACAAUCAUGUCCUUGGCUUUUCGAUACAGCACAGGUCGUAAGACUUUAUCUACAACUGUGGGGGAAGCUGGAGUUCACGUGUGUUUUCAUAUGAAAGCGAGUCACCAAUUUCAAAUAGGAGUCGAAAUCGAAACGAAUUUCCGGACUCACGAGUCGGAGGCUGCGAUUGUUUAUCAAAUGGAUCUUCCCCAUUCGGAUCUGAUUUUCAGAGGCCUUGUCAAUUCCGAAAGCACGGUCAGUGCAGUCAUUGAGAAAAAACUUCACCCCUUCGUUGAUUCCGCGUUGCAAAUCAGCGGAUUGUACAAUCAUAAAAAGGAGCAAUUUCGAAUUGGCGUCGGACUUAAUGUUGGAUAAUGAAAAUUCCCUCCUGCUCGAGAAUCUCAAUUGUCGACAGAAUCGAGUCGAUGGGAGACCUUUCAGAUAAGAUAUACAGUGUUUUUUAAAUAAUAAUUUUACUAGAUUUACUAGAUUUUAUC